AUGCUUGGUGCCAUGUGGAAGGUGAUCAUUUUGCUGGUCCUGUCAAUGCUCAACCUCAGUGAUGGACUGUUUCGUUCCUUAUACCAAAAUGUCCAUGUUUCCACACCAAAAGAGGGAAAUCUAGGAAAGCCAUUAUUCCUUACCCCUUAUAUUGAAGCUGGGGACAUUGUGAAAGGGAGAGAAUUGAGUUUGGUCGGUCCUUUCUCAGGAAUAAAUCUGAAGAGCUACGCUGGCUACAUCACCGUGAAUGAGACUUACAACAGCAACUUAUUCUUCUGGUUCUUUCCGGCUCAGGUACAGCCAGAAGAUGCCCCAGUAGUUCUCUGGCUACAGGGAGGGCCAGGAGGUUCUUCGAUGUUUGGUCUCUUUGUGGAACAUGGACCUUAUAUUGUCACAAGUAACAUGACCCUGCGCACCAGAGACUUCCCUUGGACCACUACAUUUUCUAUGCUUUAUGUCGAUAAUCCAGUUGGCACAGGCUUCAGUUUUACUGAUGAUCCCCGGGGAUAUGCAGUCAAUGAAGAUGACGUGGCAAGAAAUUUGUACAGUGCACUGAUACAGUUUUUCCAGUUGUUUCCUGAAUAUAAAGAGAAUAACUUUUAUGCCACUGGGGAGUCUUAUGCAGGGAAAUACGUACCCGCCAUUGCGCACUACAUCCAUACUCUCAACCCCACGGCAGAGCUGAAGAUCAAUUUGAAAGGAAUUGCUAUUGGAGAUGCAUAUUCUGACCCUGAAUCAAUUAUAGGGGGCUAUCCAGCAUUCCUCUACCAAAUUGGCUUGGUGGAUGAAGGACAGAGAAAGUACUUCCAGAACCAGUGUGAUGAGUGUGUGAAGCACAUCAAGGAGGGGAACUGGACGAAGGCCUUUGAAAUAUUGGAUAGACUACUAGAUGGUGACUUAACAAAUGAACCUUCUUACUUUGAGAACAUUACAGGAUGUAGUAAUUAUUUUAACUUUUUACAAUGCACGGAACCUGAAGACCAGACUUACUAUGGGAAAUUUUUGUCACUCCCAGAAGUGAGACAAUUACUCCAUGUGGGGAACCGGACUUUUAACGAUGGGACUGAGGUUGCAAAGUACUUGCGAGAAGAUACAGUGAAGUCAGUUAAGCCGUGGUUAACUGAAGUCAUGAAUAAUUACAAGGUUCUUAUCUACAAUGGCCAACUGGACAUCAUUGUGGCUGCUUCUCUGACAGAGUGCUCCUUGAUGGCCAUGGACUGGAAAGGAUCCCAGGAAUACAAGAUGGCAGAAAGGAAAGUUUGGAAGAUCUUUAAAUCCGACGAUGAUGUGGCUGGCUAUGUGCGGCAAGUUGGUGACUUCUAUCAGGUAAUUGUUCGAGGUGGAGGACACAUUUUGCCCUAUGACCAACCUCUCCGAUCUUUUGACAUGAUUAAUCGAUUCAUUUUUGAAAGAGGAUGGGAUCCUUAUGAUGAAUAA